UGAGUGUAUCUGGAGUGGAAACCAGGUGACCAUGAGAUCAUCUUUGAAUGCAGCAUAAAAAGGUUGGGAGAGGCGCACAACGCUGGAGACCUGUAGCAGGAAGUAGUCUCUGAGACUUCAGACUGCAAGAAAGGGUCUCUCAGUCUUACGAACCGGUAUCGAGUUCACGACAGUUCUACUAUGUCAUACAGUAGAAUGUUGUCGGAAGACGAGAAUACUUGGGAGGAGAAAGAGGGAGAAUGGGAGCAAGAGAGAGGAGAGAAGACAGAACAGGAACAGAGUGCUCUUGAAGAACUUUUCCCAAGUGGUAGGAGCCAUCCCCAAAUCUCCGUGGAGAACAAUCCAGGACCAGAAGACAUACCCAUGAUAGCUCCAAACAGUAAUUUGCAACCAAUAUACCUUCCUCCUGGUUACACAUCUCAGGUGGAGGAAGAAAUUGUGCCUCAGACACUUGACUACCACAUGCCCCUGACUGUUCCUGCUCAGCAGCUCUCACCCUUCAUAGCGCCGCCACCGCUGACAUUCCCUCAGGCCUCUCAGCUUAUGUAUCCCCCAGUUCACGGGGAAUUCCCAAUACCUUACUCCCAAGAAGCCUCUCAGCUUAUGUAUCCCCCAGUUCACGGGGAAUUCCCAAUACCUUACUUCCAAGAAGCUGCUCCGCAGCAGAUGCCACCACCUCCAGCACUACCACCACCACCGCUGCGACCACCACCAGCAACAUUUAUAUACCAGGAGCAUCAUGAAACCUAUACUCAUGGAAGAGUAAAUCAUAACCAGUUUCAUGAGAGGACUGUUAAAAUUGGAGAAUAUUCAAAGAAGAAAAUGAGAGAUCAUCAAUUUGGUGAACAGAAGACUAGCUCCAUGUUUAAUGACACUUCUUUGCUUCUGAACAAAGUCAUUGACAUGUCUGGUACUUUUAGUCCUCUUUGUCCUUACACUGUGGUGGAUUCUUCUCCAGGAAUUCACAUUAAUAACAAUACUUCAAGCACUUGCUCUCUGAAUACUGUCUUAAGCACUUGCACCAUUGACAAUACUCCAAAAACCUACAUUGCCAACACUCUUCCAGACAUUAACACUACUGACACAAUCACUAGUCCCUCUGAACAUACCCCUAGCACUUCUACCUCAAUCGCUACUCUUUGCUCUGACAUCAUUAGUAGUGCUCCAGGUCCUUCCAGAAUUGCUCAUGAUCCAGUCACCUCUGAUGAAACUCAAAAGUCAUCAAAUACCGAGAGUACUCCAAGCUAUAUUUCUGAGAGUGAUCCCAACAUUUUCAUCUCUGAAAACACUCAUAUCCCCUCUUCAAUUAAUAAUGUGUUCAGACCUUCUGGUGCUGCCAGCAUUUCCAAUAAUACCAGGGCUAAUACUGAAGAUAAUCAUGGAACGAGAGAGAAUAAUGUGGAAGGUGAAGACAAUAAGCAGAUAUCAGAUGAAAAACAAAGGAAGAAUCAGUCGACAAAUGCAGUACUAAAAGAAAAUAAUACAGAAUACAGAGCACAGCCCUGCUGUUCCAACCUUGAAAAGCCUGUGAUUUCUAAUAUCCAAACAAGAUCUGCUACUGUUUCAUGGAAUCUGAACAGUACUGAAAAAUGUGAUCAUAUUAAUUCUCCUGUGACAUUUGAACUGGCACUAUCUAGCAAUGGUAAAAAUGAAGUCUACAAAAGCAUGUAUAAUGGUAAUGAAGUUACAGUGGAUCUACAUGAUCUCCAGCCCUGCACAGUCUACUUUUUAAGAGUUACAACCAUAAGAGACACAGAGCACAGAAAUGUGUCUGAAGUGGUGAGUUUCACAACUCGUGGCUGUGAACCGGACCCUCCACUUGCACCCAAACUAAUUAGCAGAACCAUGAACAGCCUGAACCUGCAGUGGAAAGAUUCCAAAGAUAAUGGAUCCAAAAUAAGCAGCUUUCUUUUGGAAUGGGAUGAGGGUAAAGGUGAAGAGUUCAAAAUUUGCUACAGUGGUCCCAUGAAACAGCACAAGAUAUUUAAACUGGCCGCUUCUACGAAGUAUGCAUUCAGAUUAGCUGCCAAAAAUCACUUCGGCUCCAGUAAUUACAGUGAAAUAGCCGUCUUCUACACAUCAGGAAACACACCUCCGGCACCGCUGCCUCCUAAGUUGAAAGAAGCAGGAGUCUAUUGUUUGUGGCUGGAAUGGUGUGCCCCAACAAACCCAAACCCAAAUGACACUCUUACUUAUGUCCUCGAGAUGGAGGAACCAAGAUCUGGAUUCGGUUUUAAACCUAAAUACAGUGGAGAAGAUCUCUCUUGCAUUGUAAAAAAUCUUCAGAGAAAUACUACAUACACGUUUCGGAUUUUUGCCUGCAAUCUGGAAGGAAGAAGCAACCCCAGCAGAGAAGUAAAAUAUUCUACUCGUCCAGCCAAUCUUGAAUACCCAAAGAAACCAUAUGUAGUGGGAGAAAUUCAAGCACACCAAGUAAAAAUUGGAUGGGACUCCCCCAAAGACAAUGGUGGAAUGCACAUUUCAAGUUACAGUUUAGAAGUCAGUGAAAAUUCAGAUGGUGCAAAUCUCUGGAAGGUAAUCUACAAUGGCACUCUUCAGGAAUUUACGUACGAUGGCCUCCUACCAGGCACCACAUAUAAACUGAGAGUCUUUUGCACUUCACCUGUAGGCAAAAGCCAGCCUUCUGACAUAUUGACAAUUCAGACACCCACUCUACCUCCUGCGUCUUGUAGCCCACUGCCCUCAAACAGUAAAACCAAGUGCAAGGACACCAAGCUUCUCCUUGACAAUCAUUCCGUUAAUGGGAACUUGGAAACAGUUGUGCGUGGCAAAAAAGCAAAAGGUCCCUGGAAUGACAGAAAGGAGUAUCCAGGCUCUGUAAAGAAAUGUACAGCUGUCAAUAUAGUUGGGGUUGGAAUGUUUGGAGGAACUGGAAAAGUAACUACACCGGGAACUGUACCCGCCAAAGUCCCAAUGUUACAAGAAGUUGAAGACAAAGUUCCUGCCGAACUAUCUUCAUCUUGCAUAGCUAUCCGAUGGGAGGAGCCUGACUGCCGUGGCUCUCCCAUCACUGGAUAUAACAUCGAGUAUGGAGAUAAAAAAAUCCUGACUGUUGAUAGAGUAACAGAGUAUGUUCUGAAAAACCUACAGCCUAAUACUACAUACAGAAUCAGAAUUCAAGCUAUUAAUCAUUACGGACUAAGUCCUUUUAGCCCAUCAAUAAGAAGCAAAACCAAACCAAUACUACCCGCGCCUCCACAGCUUGAUUGUGUGGUCCAAGGACACCAGAGUCUCAGACUCAAAUGGGGGAAUGCAUCACGGAAAAAAUCACAUGCUAAAAAAGUUAUGAGCUACAAAUUACUAAUGGAGGAUCAACCUGGCAGAUUUUCUGUCAUUUACCAUGGGCCUGAUCUGACUCACAAAGUGCAAAAAUUGAGUGAAUAUACACAAUACAAGUUUAAAAUCCAGGCAUGUAAUGAAGCUGGUGAGGGACCACAGUCUGAUGUCUACACUUUCACUACAACAAAAACCCCACCUGGUGCACUUAAAGCCCCUAAAUUACAUCCACUGAAUAGCAACAUUUGUGAAAUCAAAUGGGAUUCCAUGGAGCCAAUUAAAGGUGAUCCCAUUGUUUACUCUCUUCAGGUCUUCACUGGGAAUAAAGUUGAACAGAUUUACAAAGGACCAAAUACCACCUUUUCCUUUUCCAACUAUCUUUCAAAUUCAAAAUAUUGCUUCAAAGUCUGUGCCGGACGCCAAUAUGAAAAUUCUGAUGGCACGCAAGAGGUAUGGGGGCCAUAUAGCUCCAGCUCACUUUUGUCAACUUAUAAGCUUCAGUCCGGGUGUGGCAAAGGCAGUGGACGGAAAAGAAGAAGCAAGCAUAAUAACAAGAUAGAAAUGAGUGACGGUACCUUUGUUCUAUUCCUUCUGACUGGAUUUGCACUUAUUGCCAUUUUGUGUGCUGUUGCAAUUCAGUACUUCCUGAUCAACUAGUCUGUUCUUUUAGAAAUUAGGAAAACACACUACAUCAAAUUUAGAAAACCUUAGAUACAUCUUCACUCAUACUUAAAAAAUAAAGCUUAUUGAGAGAAACUAGUAAGAGAUUUAAAAAAAAAACUCUGCUCACUAUUUAAGAACUUUUAAUGUGACAGUAAAAGAGAAUUUUUAGGAAAACUGAUGUACCUUGAAUUCCAUCAUUUUGUCAAAAAAAUUUACAUUGUUGUGCAAAACUACAAACUUUUGUUAAACUAUUUCCUGCCUUAAAUUUUCAAGCCAAUCUUUUCCAAAAAUUUUGAGACUAUGAGGUAACAUCAUUGUUCUAGAAUGUCAUUUGGAAGAAAACACUAAAAUCACUUCUACUUGUCCAGUUAAAUAUCCAUAUGAAGAAAUAAAAAGUACCUACCAAACUUUGUGCUAUCAUUUGUUCAAAAAAUGUAUUCAGCAAUUGGUUUCUACCCUGAUAGUUUGAGUACUAGCUGGAGUUCUCUAAAGAACAGAACUGAUAGAGUGAACACAUAUACUAAUGACGGAUGCAUUCAUUAGAUUGCCUGACUGUAUAGACGGCCUCCAAAUAGUCCACCAAUGGCCGUCUCAUGACAGAAAGGCCAAGAAUCACUAGCUGUUUCACUCACGAGGCUGGAUGUCUUUGCAGUCCCAGUCUGGUGCUGGAGCCCAGAUGAUUCCUGGAGAGCUGCUGCUUUUUAGACUACAUUAGAAUCCUGAAGAAGUUAGAUUUAAUACUGGGCAUAGCAAUAGGAUAGAAAAACUUGCCAUGGAGAGUGAGGGAAAGCAGGCAAAAAGAAAUGUUUCUUCUUCUGUGUCCUUUGAUAUGGCCUACCGCCAGAAGGUGUGGCCCUGAUUUAUGGUGGGUCUUUCUGCUUCAAAUAAUCUAAUUAAGAAAAUCACUGAAAGAAAGAAAGAAAGAAAGAAAGAAAGAAAGAAAGAAAGAAAGAAAGAAAGAAAGAAAGAAAGAAAGAAAAUCACUCACAGGAGUUCCCAGAAGUGUGAAUUUAGUUGAGUCUUCAUGUAGUCAGGUUGACAACCAAGAUUAGCCAUCAUGCUUUCAAAGUGAGGAAAUAGUACUUUGUAGCUCUUUGCUAUAAUAGGAAAUUAGGGAAAAUGGAAAUGACGUAAAGAACUAGUCAAUACCACUGUAAGCUCCUUAAAAUACACCCCAUUCAUUGGUAUUGUCAAACAUUGUAUAUAUACACAAUCGUCUGUAUUCACAUAUACACAGCAUACUAUAACAUUGUAUACAUACACAAUCAUCUAUAUGCACGUGUACACAGCAAAUCAUAGUUGUUUUCUUUCACAAUAGGUGGAGUCACAUCCAUUUCUAGUUACACAUGAAGCAUCACACCUCAGUUCCCACAGUUCAUGCUCUGGGGGUUUUUCUCAAAAUCUGUCAAGAAACUUAAUAUGCUCACUGUCUUAGUUGGGGUUUCUAUAGCUUUGAAGAGAUGUCAUAACCACAGCAACUCUUAUAAAGGAAAACAUUUAAUUAUGGUGGUGGCUUAGAGUUCAGAGGUUCAGUUCAUUAUUAACAUGGUGGGACGAGGCAGCAUGCAAGAGGACAUGGUGUUGAAGAAGAGGCUGAGAGUCAGUGCAUCUUGAUCCAAAGGCAAGUGGAAGUGAACCAAGACUGGGAGUGGCUAAAGCAUAUAUGAGAUCUCAAA